CAGGGGUGCGGACUGACAACUCAUGUGGCCCCCCGGGCAAUAGGGGAUCAUGGGGCCCCUGUGUCCUUGCCCAAACUCAAAAAUGCCUAUGAAAAAGGUACCAGGGGCAUCUCAUGGAGCCCCCUACUGACCCCCGGGCCCUCGGGCAGUGCCCAAGUUUCCAAAUGGUCAGUCCGCCCCUGCUGUGCAGUUACACGAUUCUGUCUGUUCCUCACUCAAAAAAGUUUUAAAAACCUAUGCAGGCAGUCAGUGCUCCCUGUGCAUAUUUACAUGAUUGAUAACCAAUUGCCACCAUCUAAAAUCUUUAGGUGGAGUUCUUCU